AUGCCAUACGAAACGUCGUCCCUUACUGAGUCCCCGAUGAAUACACAGCAAGUGCAUCAAUUACCGGUUGGCCCGCCUCCAACUCCGACUCCGGUUCCUCAACCUUCACCCCCUUCAACGGCGUUCAAUACUCUGGAACUACAUAUACCAAUACCCAUCCCGACUCCUCCGACUCCUUUGCCUAUCGUUGUUGCGUACCCACUCUCAGAAACGCUGGUGUCUUCUGACCAUGGCCAUACACCUCAAUUUAUGUGUGAUGUGAUCCAGAGAGAGGAUUCUGGGCUCGCGCUUGACCCUGUUCCUGCGCCUAUGCAAGCACAGAGGUCAGCUGCUGAGCUGACUAUGGAAUCGGACGAAACCCUCCACGACCCAUUAGCGCUAGACAAUGAUUACGAGCUACUUGAGAUGAGCGAGGAGGAACGACUGGAUGCCCAGACAGUGCGCCUCUUCAGAGCAUUAAACGUGCCCCUCAAUGUUCACAGGCUCCGCGCAAUACGAGCGAAGGGAAAACUGCCUGCGCCGUUCCUCAAGUUCAAAUAUGGCACUUCCCGAGCAAAACCAUCUUCACAUGUACCUGUUUUAGAUGAACAUGCCGAUCCUCAUGGAAACGAGCCUACUGACAUGGAGAGGGUAGAGGGCGAGUCAUGGUACCUUCCUUCGGCAUCCGCUCGGCGCAUGAUAAGGCGAAGAACACGUCGAGAACAGCCUACAGAAGAGCACGAUGCAAGACGUGUGCACCCUAUAGAGAUUAAUGUGACGAAUGAUCAGGCGUUACCAGGACCUCGACCAAUAAUUCACAACAUGACUAUACUAGACCAGUUUCCUCUUCCACCUACUUCGCCUCCCGUUCCGACACCACAGCCAAAUCCAUAUACAAUUCCGCUGCCGCCGACUCCAUCUCCAUCAAUAACUCCGAGUUCCUCGUCCCGGCCACUGGGCUACAUGUAUGCACCGGCAAAGCCACUUCGUCGAGCUCCGAGUUGCAAGUCUUGCGGUGGUGGCGGCAGCUCACCCGCAAACUCCGUCCCCAUCUCAUGCGCGUUGACUCCAGUACCGCCACUGGGUAAAGGGCAAGGGCCCGGAUGUUAUUACGCGUAUGACCUGUUAACGCCCUCGCCUGGCGCCAUUCCGUAUUCUGGCACGGGCUACGCACGAUCUGUUUCACCCAAGCGCUCUGCGUCUGUUUCCCCUGUUCCGAUUACACCGCAGCACUUCUCUUGA